UUAAAUCAGAACUUGAGUCUCGCAGAACGUCAAAGAUGAACAUACAUGCCACUACAUGCCACAGUUGAUCGCGGCGACCUGAGUGACGUUAGCCGCAAUCUUGCCGGGCUCUAAGCCAGUGCCAUUAUUCAACUUAUUGAACGCCUGCGGGGAGAUGUUGAAUGUGUAAGCAGCAUCGACGGCGGUGAUGUUGAUGGUGGUUUGGACGCCGCUGGGCGUGGUGUAUUGGAGGCUCCAGCAGGUGCCGCACAACGUGGAGUUCCAGGUGGCGCCUGGAACUCCUCCGAUGUUGGGGAAUGAAGGGAUGGAGCCGAAGGUGGUAUAUCCCUUGGUCAAGAGACCGUUCGCGCCGUUAGAACAAGCGACAUUGGCCAGGGACGAGUUGGGAUUGGUGUACGCAGUGUCGUAUGUGACGUUCGCGGGCGCUGCAAACGCUUGGAGGGCAAGGGCAGAGAUAAGAGCAGUAGCAAGUGUGAAUUUCAUCGUGUGUUAGAGUUUGAUGAGAAUGUCGUGCAGUAAUUUGAGAUGCAGAAUUUCAAGAAUUUCCACUCGCUUUUAUACGUCGAGGAGAAGGGUUAGACGUCAGAGCGAGCUCCACUCGAAGCACAUGGGCAAGUUGUCGGCAGCAGGUCACCGAUGGUUGACCUUCCUUGAUUACCAAGACAUCAAAUACAUACCGCUGAAAGCAGCGUACAUGGCCAUAUGUAGUAUUCUCAUUCCCCUCAGCGCUACGGUAGGCAUGCGCAAGACUGGUUGGUGCAGCGAAAAUGGAACCAAGACAUGGCCAAGAGACAGAUCAACAGCGAAUGUCGAGAUGACCAAACUCUCGAAAAGGAAGGACACUUCCUGUAGGGAAUGGUCGUCUAAAAACUGCAAGACAAAGUUCAAUGAACAGCGGACGAUGAUGAAAGAAGUCCCUACUGAUGAUAUUUCCAUGUCGGGACUCCCAAAUCAGUAUAGACCACCCUCACGAUAGUUAAGGGUGCGCGCACUGAAUUCGAAGCCAGUAGUCACUGAGGGGCAAAUUCAGGUCAACUAGUCUCCCCGAGAAAAACCUGAGGGAGUCUUUCCUCCUAAUGAAUGGUUAACUAAUAUGCUCCGUGUGACCAAAGACUGGCGACCUUGAUUUUUAGUGGUACUCAGAUAAGCAUGACCAUGAUACAUCUUGAAGCAGAACUAAAACAUUAUAUCAUGAUUAGU